AGUACAUAGAUAAAUAAAUAUCUUCUGUUGUUUUUAUUGGUAUUACAGUUAAGUUUAAUAAUGCAUUUGUUCACCUUCAAACGCGUGUUACGAAAUCAGCAACACUGGUUGAGUGGAGUGUUCGCCAGCGGGAAAGAAUGAUCGAGAGCCCCAGUGAAUAGGUAUUCCUAGCUCUGCAGGCAUUUAUGUUAGUGGUGUACGAGAUCAGGAGAAGAGUGAUCGACUUGUUUGCAUGUAUGGCAAAAAAUUUUAGAAGCGGAUCAAAGCGUCCGUUUUAUGUGAUGAGAAGAUAUAUUGUAACUGAUUCAUAUACGUUAUAUUAUUCAAAAUGGGCUGUUUUACUGGUCGUCCUAACUUUCAUAUGUGGAUUAAAAGCAGAAGAGGAAUGUUUAUUUUCCAAGAUUUGGUGUUACGAAUGUGAUUCGAAGAACGACUCCCGUUGUAAAGACCCCUUCAACGCCACAGCUCAUCAACGGGACCUUCCUCCUCUUCUUCAGUGUGAAGGGUGUUGUGUGAAGAUAGUGACGGACCAUAAUACUCCUUACGAAGUCAUCCAGAGAACAUGUACAGCAAGGCUUCAAAUCAACCUGUUUCUUGUGGAUCACGUGUGCAUGAGUGAAUCAGACUACUCCGGACACAUGUGUUUCUGUGAAAACGACGCCUGUAAUUCAACUCCUCAUUUAAUUGAGAUUAAUUAUCAUUUAGUUUUUUUACUGUUGUUCUGUUUCGGGUACUACAAAUUACUGUGACAGGCGUACAUGGCAGGGAUAUGUUCAACAACGUUAACAGGGAUAUGAUCAACAACGUUUUGUAUAGAGUCCUACCUUAUAGUAUCCUACCCAACGCGGGGUUGUACUCGAGAAUUUAUUUUGAUUUCAGGAUAGCAAGAAAACAGUUUAGGAUAUUUAAUAAAUGUAUGAUAGAAAAGAAAAGAAAUUUACCUAAAUAGAAUAAGACUUGAAAUAGUACGACUAGUUUGUAUGCUGAUGUGAAUAAUAACGACAACCAAAGCCAAAAAUUCAGGUAUCAAAUACGAUGUUACUUUAGCCACGCUACAGUAUUACCAUAUCAUUCAGGUCGUUAAUUAUGUGGUUCAGUAACAAUUCUGAAUAAAGUUUUAAACUGCCAAAUAGAAGAUGCUCUGUUUUUAACUUAAAUGACAUAAUUCAAGAGAAUUCCUGAAAUAUUUUUAAUCACGUGUCAGGUUCAUGAAUUAGUUUAAUAAUCGGAACACCACGCAGUAGUAAGGUUUGAGAGGACUUUUAUAUUGUCAAAAUAUUAAUUGUGUAUUUUAAUUCCGAAGUAAAGAUUUAUUUCUGUCAUGUACGUUUGAUCGAGUAUCUACAUCAACUUUUAGUUUCCGUCAUUUGUUAAGUUAAUGAUUUUAUGUGUCGAUAAUAUCAAGUAUGGUUCAACCUUCAAAACUCGUUAAAUACCGUAUUUAUAAAUGUUUUGUCCAUUUAUGAGAUAGCUUAAGCGAGCGAUCAAGUACGCUAAGAUAUCAAGAUUGUUCCUACAUCUUUGUUUAGGUUGCGUAUAUAUUUUUCUUUGUAAAUACUCAUUUAGUGCGCGUAUAUCAUGUUUUAUAAAUUACAUGCUAUUUUUGCUAUUGAUAAUUAUGGUCAAAACUUCGCUGAAUACGUUAGAUUAAAAACGCGAAGUUUGAAAAGAAGAAUACAAAGUAGAACAGUUAAAUGUAGGUCUGGAAAUACCAUCGGGUCACUUCAGUGGAAUAUAACUUUGAAAGUUGAAAAAUGAAAGUUGUUGUUUUCUCAUCGGUUGAUAUACCCGCCUUACAGAAAAAGUAUGAAAUGCAAUUGAAUAAUUAAUUAAAAAUAUGGCAUAUAAGAACAAUUAAACCUCCUGAGCCACUCACGUUUCCUAAGAUAGUCGGUUCUUUUUCUAGGGUGAACUGGGAUGGGGGAAAAAAAAGAAUAAAAUGUCCUUUGCGAAAGCAAAUUUUGGGCCUUUGGAUUGUGAUUUUUUUAUGUUUUUAUUUUUGUAGUUUUUUCCAUCAUAACUUGAGUUUAAAUGUUAUUCUAGGUCUAAAAUAAUCAUAUAGUAUUAAGGUUUUUAUUUUCUUUAUCUACACCUUGGCAGUAAUGUGUAAAAGUGAAUUUUAUAUUAACAUAAAAUUAACAUUCAUUAUGUUCAUUAGUACUAAAGUAACUUAAGAUAUUAAUAUCCAAACAAAUGAAUAUGGGUUUUCGUAUUUCAGUGUGUGACUCAAGUGUUAGUUGUGUUAGUCUUACGCUGCUAAAGUAUUCAGUGUCUUAUUCUUAGCGAAAGAGAAGCAUAGAUUUAAACAAAUCAAUAAUCGCACAACAUUCGUUAGGCUUAUUUUUGAUUAAAAAAAAACUCUUGUUAAAGUGGCAAUAUCUUUCAGAAAAUCCAUUGUAAUUUUGUAUAAACAUCAUAACAUUAGGCCUAGUGUCUUAUGACAAACAAAAUUGUAAUGAUUCUUCUCCGGCUUCAUCCUGAUCAGAUUAGACUGUAGUAUCCUAUAUUCAACAAAAAUGGAAGUAUACACUUUCAGUUUAAUUUUAUACCAUAAUUAAAGAGGUGUGCUACAUAAAUUUGAUUUGAAAUAAAAUAUGUUAAAUAAUGAACUAAUAUUUGAUAUUUAUUUUCAUAUAAAAAUAAAACAAAACAACGUUCAGUGGAGAAUGGUGGUUGUGCUGCUUCAGUGUGCAUUUUCCCUUCUAAAACAAUUAAAUAUUCUUGUUCUUCUUUGUAAGGUCUUCCACAAAAUACAAAGAAAUACUUGUACAAAAGCAGCUUUUGUAAAUUAUGCUUGUCCUUUAUGACUCGCUUCGAUGUUGUAGCACUAUUCUAUCGUAUUUCUAAACCUCUAGCUCUUGAUAAACAUUACUCUGUGUAUUGAUAUCUGUGCUUUUGGUGUGUGAAAAAAAAGUAUCCGAACAAAAAAUUAAGAAGGAAAUACGUAGCAUAUUACGUAACAACUAAAGUUGAUCAUAGAUGGCAGUGCAUCCGUAAAACAUUUUACAAAUUAUUUAUUUUAUGAAAAAAAAUUGAAUGAAUCAUCGACAGUUAAAAUAUCCAUUACUUUUAAAGUAAAAUCUCAGUUUAUCUCUGACCCAUCUUUCUGACGGAUUUCAAAUGAUCCAAAGUUUUUGAAAAUUCCGAAGUAUUAUCUAUACUUUAUUUGUUAAAAUUGAAAUUUUCGAAUAUACAAUUUUGUAUAAAUUUGUCUUGGAAGGUGGAAAUAUCCUCGGUGAACUGUGUUUGUUAUUUAGUACGAAUGAACCCCCCAGCGGUUCACCGGUAAGUCUGAAGGCUUAUAACGCUAAAAACCAGGUUUUGAUACCCGUGAUGGGCACAGCACAGAUAGUCCAUUGUGUAGUUUUGCGCUUAACAGCAAACAAGCAAAAGAACGAAUAAAAUUCCGAAAUGCUAAUAUAUAGGGUGCAGCUGCUGUUUGGAUUUAAAAUGUUUUAAUAUGGAAGCACUGAUCUUCGAUAACUAAUUCAGGUACAUUUCAGUCUGAUUAGCUCUAAAUAAGAGGGGAGGGGCGAUCCUUGGUUUUUCUUAUCUAAAAUUGAACGCUAUUGAUUUUGGGUAAAAUAUUGGCAGUAAACGUUGGUACAAAAUGAAAAUAAUAAACAUUAGCAACAAAAAUGUUUACCCAUAGCUCUGGUUUCCUUCUACGGAUAUUUUCUUUUAAACACUUUCAAAAGAAAAGAAGGUUUAAUGGAACACUUUACUUUUAUAAUAUUUGUUGUCACUCGUGAUUUUUUGUUGUUGUUGUUGUUUUUAUAAGCGUACAGCUGUCUGUUCCGUGCCCGCUGCGGUUAUCGAAACACGACUUCUAGUGGGAAAAGCCUCAGGUGUACUGCUAAGCCACCAGAGGGCUACAUUUUUGAACUGUAACAGUUAUUAUACUCGUAAUAACAUUUCGUAUGGGGGCGCUACAUAGUUUGUUAUUAAGCGCAAAACUGCAAAUUGUGUCUACCGCAAGUAUCGAACACCAUAUUUUAGCGUUGUAAGCCUAUAAGUUGAUGAGAGUAUGUAAGUUGGAGUAGUGCUUAACAUUGUAGUAAGCUAAUCUGGUACAUUAAGUUUAUUACGUUUAUAUAUUUCGUUUGGUAAACUUUAAAAUAUAUAUCAUUUACUACCAUAUAUCCCAGUUUUAUUGCUGGAAUAACCCUUUAUCAUUUUAUCGUGUAUCUUACACCCGUUUUAUAAAUCAUUUCACUGUUUUAAGAGAAAAUAUCAAUACUCUAAAAAGUGUCAAAGAGCAAUUAUAUCUCAGCUUUUCCGUGUGAAAUGUAAACAUGUUUGUUAUAUGGUUAUUGUAUAAGAAAAUAAUUAAACAAGAAAUCAUGAUCUUACUUUCA